CGAACCCCUAUAAUAAGGACACCCACUAAUAUGGACACUUUAUCUGUCACAUUGGCGUCCGGAUUAGAGGACUUCCACUGUAUAUACAGUGGCGGUUUCCAGGUCACGUUGACGUUGGUUUGGUUGGCUAUUGACAACGUCACAUCCAGAGGGGGACUUGGUGUUCCUGGAUAUGAAGAGAGAUUCUUGCCGGAGAGGAGAGAGAGAGAGAGAGAGUGAGUGUGUGACUCACCAAAUAGUUGAAGACUGGC